GUGAUCGAACAGCUGAACAGUCAAGAGAGUAGAAUAUUUCGGUCACUCCAGUUGACUAAAAAAAUUGCGUGAAUACUCGCUACAUAAAAUUGAGUGUAAUCCUGCGACACAAGGAAUUGCACAAUCAUGGCCGAUCGCAAUAACAUAAAUCAGAUGAUUCCGGCAUUGCCAGAGGAAAAACAUGAUAUGCUGGCAGCCACUAGUGUUUUGCAGCAGCAGGCAUCUGAUAUCAGAAAUCAGAGAAUCAAUUGGCAGCCUUAUCUCCAAGCCCAAAUGAUCUCAAAGGAGGACUAUGACUUUAUCGUGGCGUUUGAUACGAACGAUGCAGCUGCCAAGGAAGCCAAACUCAAAGAGAACCCUAAUCAAGCAGCCAAGACCUUUUUAAAUCUUCUGGGACACGUCUCCAAGGAUCAGACCAUCCAGUACAUCCUCACAAUGAUCGACGACAUGCUCCAGGAAGAUCGUAGUCGUGUAGAAAUAUUUCGAGAGCAUUCGAAUAGAAAACGAGAAUCCGUGUGGGGGCCAUUCCUCAAUUUACUUAACAGACAGGAUGGCUUUAUUAUGAAUAUGACAUCGAGGAUCAUCGCUAAAUUAGCAUGCUGGAGUCAUGAGCUCAUGGAGAAGACAGAUCUGCAGUUUUAUCUCACUUGGCUGAAGGAUCAGCUCCAAUUGAGUUUUGAGGCUGUGCCAGAGGCAAAUGUGCAUGCCGAGGUGAUGCAAGACUUGACACCCAAAAGCGAACCUGGAGAGGCCACUGACCUCCAAGAAAUGCCCAGUCUGAACAACGAGUACAUUCAGUCCGUGGCACGAUGCCUCCAGAUGAUGCUUCGCAUCGACGAAUAUCGUUUUGCCUUUGUCUCGGUCGAUGGCAUCUCCACUCUGCUGAGCGUUCUAUCCGGACGUGUCAACUUUCAAGUCCAGUAUCAACUCAUCUUCUGCCUAUGGGUCCUCACCUUCAAUCCUCUUCUCGCUGAAAAAAUGAACAAAUUCAACGUAAUUCCAAUUCUCGCUGAUAUUCUCAGUGACUCCGUCAAGGAGAAGGUCACUCGUAUCAUCCUCGCUGUAUUCAGGAAUUUGAUUGAGAAGGUGGAGGAUAAUCAGGUGGCCAAGGAGCAUUGCAUUGCGAUGGUGCAGUGCAAGGUGUUGAAGCAGCUAUCAAUUCUCUCGCAACGUAAAUUCGAUGACGAGGAUAUUACCGAGGAUAUCGAAUUCCUGAAUGAGAAGCUCCAGGCGUCUGUCCAGGAUUUGAGCUCUUUUGAUGAGUACUCGACUCAGGUGAAGUCAGGGCGUCUCGAGUGGUCACCUGUUCACAAAUCCAGUAAAUUCUGGAGGGAGAAUGCCAGUCGUCUCAAUGAGAAGAAUUACGAACUCUUGCGUAUUCUAGUCCACCUUUUGGAGACCAGCAAGGACCCCUUGGUCCUCAGUGUUGCUUCAUUCGAUAUUGGAGAGUAUGUGAGACAUUAUCCUCGUGGAAAGCACGUAAUCGAGCAGCUCGGUGGCAAACAGAGAGUUAUGCAACUUUUAAGCCACGAGGAUCCCAACGUGAGGUACGAAGCACUCAUUGCCGUUCAGAAACUCAUGGUUCACAAUUGGGAAUACCUGGGAAAACAAUUGGAAAAAGAAACUGGAGUCUCUGGAGCUCCAGGCACUAAACCUGGCUCCCAAGUUGCAGCCAAGGCAUAAAUUUUUUUUUGUCGUUUU